CUGUUUUUUUGUUAGUUGCAUGCAUGGGAGAUGAUCAAUUUCAAUUGUUUUUGUGUGAUUUAGUGGAUUUUAUUAGUAAUGAAUCAGCUGAUUUUUGGUUAAUUGGCAUCACGGAUAUGAUUAUUCUUUAACUAAAGAGGCUAUUUUGGUGUGUAGGAUUUAUUGCAUUAGUUUAUUUGAAGUUGCUCUUUAAUCCCGUAUGCUUCUAUAUCUUUUAAGCGAAAAGGCUGAAGAGGUUGAACUCUCACAGGCUAGGGCUAUGGAGCCUAAUGGACAUAGAAAGGGUAACAAAAAGAAUACAGUUACCCUUCAAAAUGGUGAUCUUAGCGCAUUGAAUAUUGAUGAUGAGUUUGAUCCAUGGACUUCCUGGGCGAACAAACCUCACACUAUUACGUUGUUAUUUAUUGGUGCAUGUUUACUCAUUUGGGCUAGUGGAGUUCUCAACUCACAAAACACUUCUUCUGGUGAUAUUGUGGCAUCUGUGAAAAGGGGUGUUUGGGCUAUGAUUGCUGUGUAUCUUGCUUACUCUUUGCUACAAGCCCCCUCAACGGUGCUCAUUAGGCCUCAUCCUGCCAUUUGGCGCCUGGUUCAUGGAAUGGCUGUCAUUUACCUUGUUGCUUUGACCUUUUUGCUUUUUCAGAAGCGGGAUGAUGCUCAGCAAUUUAUGAGAUACCUGCAUCCUGGUCUUGGUAUCGAGCUACCUGAAAGAUCCUAUGGUGCUGAUUGCAGAAUCUACGUACCUGAAAAUCCCACAAACAGGUUUAAGAAUCUUUAUGACACACUGUUUGAUGAGUUUGUUUUGGCUCAUAUCAUAGGGUGGUGGGGAAAGGCCAUCAUGAUUCGUAAUCAGCCUCUUUUGUGGGUUUUAUCCAUUGGAUUCGAGUUUAUGGAGCUUACCUUCCGCCACAUGUUACCAAACUUCAACGAGUGUUGGUGGGACAGCAUUAUUCUAGACAUAUUGAUCUGCAACUGGUUCGGCAUAUGGGCUGGAAUGUGCACGGUUCGGUAUUUUGACGGGAAAACAUAUGAGUGGGUUGGUAUAAGCAGGCAACCAAAUAUCAUGGGCAAGGUCAAGCGAACACUUGGCCAAUUUACACCAGCUCAUUGGGAUAAAGAUGAAUGGCAUCCGCUUCUAGGUCCAUGGCGGUUUAUUCAAGUCCUUAGUCUUUGUGUCAUAUUCUUGACUGUGGAGUUAAACACAUUCUUCUUAAAGUUCUGUCUUUGGAUUCCUCCAAGAAAUCCUUUGAUAGUGUAUAGAUUGGUUUUCUGGUGGUUAAUUGCAUUACCAACAAUCCGCGAAUAUAACUCGUACCUACAGGACAGAAAACCAGCGAAAAAGGUAGGAGCAUUUUGUUGGCUUUCACUGGCGAUAUGCAUUGUUGAGCUCCUAAUCUGUAUCAAGUUUGGACAUGGAUCAUUUCCAAAUCCAAUGCCCAAGUGGGUGGUAAUUUUAUGGUCAUGUGUUGGUACUGGCCUUUUGAUGUCGUUGGCUGCAUGGUCGUGGCACUUGCAUAGAACGAUGAGGAGAAAGCGCGAUUGAGUUUACGUUUGCAGUUCCCCAAUCAAUUCUUUAUUCCUUUGCUUUCAUUUGGGUAAGAGUCAACCAUGUUGUAAAUACCCAUUACCUUUUAACUGUAUAUGCUUUGCAUUUUUUUAGGUUAAAUAUUAGUACAUUUUAAACAUGUAGUGAACCUCAAUUCUUUUUCAAUAGGCUAAAAGGUCUUGUUUGUUGAGCUGCAA